CGGGGGCGUUUCCUUCACGGUCUCACCUCCACUGCCGGAUCCCGCUCACCUGUCGGUCCGACCCCGGCUGGACAUCGGAGCGAAACGUCAGGCAUGGAGUCUCCACUGAAGGAUUCCCCCGUCAGACCGGGCUUUCACAGACUGGAGAUCCAGAAAACGACGUGGGACGUCCCGGAUCGGUACACGACUCUGCAGUCAAUCGGCUCCGGCGCGUACGGGACAGUUUGCUCUGCCAUUGAUCAGAACACUAAGGAGAAGGUGGCCAUUAAGAAGCUGUAUCGGCCUUUCCAGUCGCUCAUCCACGCUAAACGGGCCUACAGGGAACUCCGGCUGCUCCGUUACAUUCAGCACGAAAACGUGAUUUGCCUCCUUGACGUCUUCACACCCGACUCCACGCUGGACAAAUUCCAGACCUUUUACAUGGUAAUGCCCUUCGUCGCCCAGGACCUGGGUCACAUCAUGAAGAAGAGGAGAUUGACCGACCGCAUCAUCACAUACCUGUUCUACCAGCUUCUAAGAGGCCUCAAGUAUAUUCAUUCAGCAGGGAUCAUUCACCGGGAUCUAAAGCCUGGUAACCUUGCUGUGAAUGAGAACUGUGAAUUAAAGAUCUUGGACUUUGGCCUGGCAAGACAAACAGAGAGUGAAAUGACUGGCUAUGUCGUGACGCGCUGGUACAGAGCUCCAGAGAUCAUAUUCAACUGGAUGCACUACAGUCAGACAGUGGACGUCUGGUCGGCCGCCUGCAUCCUGGCGGAGAUGAUAACAGGCCAUGUGACGUUCCCAGGACAUGACAGUAUUGAUCAGCUAAAGAAGAUCCUCAACGUGACCGGAACGCCGAGCUCCUCUCUGGUUCAGAAGAUGCAGAGUAAAGAUGCACAGUCGUAUGUUCAAAGUCUUCCCCCACAAAGGAAGAAGAACUUCAAGGAAGUGUUUCCAUCCAUGGAUAGAAAAGCUGUGGAUCUGCUGGAGGGGAUGUUACUACUGGACCCAGAAAAGCGUAUGACGGCCAAGCAGGGACUGUCCCACCCCUUCCUGGCCGAAUAUCACGACCCAGACAGUGAGCCAGACGCUCAAACCUACGACGACUCUUUCGAGAAUCUGGAGCUUGAUGUUGGAGAGUGGAAGAGUCUUAUCCACAUGGAGAUCAUGACCUUCGACCCCGAUGAUCCCAGUAAAACAGCCGUAUAGGAAGCUGCGGUGUGUUGGCACCUCCCAGUGUUUGAUUUGAUACAUGCACAAACAUCAAAGGUCAAUAGUUUUGUCAAGCACAAAGAAAUAUUAUAAAACUAAAUAAAAAAUAUCAAAUUA